AACCCGAUAGUCAUCUCAUCUCAAACAUUUUUUUACAGAAUUCAUUUGGUACCCUAGAGUCUCGCCACUUCUGAAAAACCGUCGUUUGACCCCAGCAGAAAAGCAAAGACGAUAUCGAGAAAAGCUUAAAAAAGAUAAUCCGGAUAAAUAUGAAAUGAUGAAAAAAAGGAAUUUGGAAAGGAUAAAAAGUAAACCAAAAAUUAAAAUACCAGUAGCAGACCUGAGUGAAUCAGAAAAAAACGAACUCAGAAAACUUUGGAGAGAGAGAAAGAUGAAACAAAAACUAAAUAAAAUGCAGCAAACAAAUACCACUAAUGUCGUAUUUACAAAAGAAGAACAUUAUGGUUAAGGAACAUACUUAGAUGCUUCUCAGUAAUUUAAUACUUACAAGCAACGUCGCGAUUAAUAAUUCCUUGUGAUUGCCAUGCCGCUAAUACCUUAAUUCAUUUUCUUCACUAAUGUCCCACCACUCCUCAAAAGGCGUUGUUUGACCCCAGCAGAAAAGCAAAGACGAUAUCGAGAGAAGCUUAAAAGAGAGAAUCCGGAUAAAUAUGAAAUUUUGCGAAAAAGGAAUUUGGAAAGGGUGAAUAUUAAAGCUAAACUUAAAGUAGCAAACAUGAAUGAACAAGAAAAAAAUAAACGCAGAAAACUUUGGAGGGACAGCAAGAGGAAACAAAGGCAAAAUAAAACAAUACAGCAAACGAAUACUACCUACUUGUAGUGUCAAGCAACGUCGCGGUUGGAUUAAUAAAUCUCUGUCAAGCCGAAAUCCAUAAAAAAUUAGACCCUCUGCAGGCAGAGGUAAACGUUAUGAAAUCAAACGUAACAGCUUUGCAAGAGCAACUCAAUACAAGCACCAUGCAAAUUAUGACCCUUUAGACAACAUAAACAAACAUAUUAAGAAGAUGCCAGAAAACUUGGAUGAGCCGUCAAGUUGUGUUCCUGACGAUGAUAUUCUGGAGAAGUACCACCUGCCAUUGAAUGAUAUCACUCGUUUAAAAGACAUGGAUAACGAUCUAGGAGAAGAAAAAUACUUUUUACGCAUGGUACAGCAUUUCAACUCCAUUGUUGGGAUUAAUGGUCAAGGAAGAGGAGAAAUUCUUGGAAAAAAAAUGGCAGAGCAAAUAAUGACCAGGGACUUAAUGACAAAAAUGUCUUGGACAGGGGUGUCCAGAACUGCAGAAUUCCAAAAAAAGUUCGCCUUUCGAACUUUAGAAAAUGUCGUAAAUCUCUUUUUUAAAGUUUUGAGUAAAGCAGACUCUAGAUGGUCUUAUGAAAAGAAUGAGAAACUUUUUAGCGGUGCUUUAUUGAAACACGCAAAGAAGAGAGCAAUAGCGGAAAAGGAAAAGUUUGAAAAGAAAAACAAAACUGACGCAAAUGAGAUCUUAGAGUAAGCAAAUAAUGCUAAACCAUCGGAAAUACCAGAGGCACGAGAAUCUUCCGUUGAUGAGGACGUUUAAAAUAAAAGUUAAGCAGAUGCAGAUAUUAACGUGAAAAUUCUCUUCGGAGGCAACAGUGAUACAUAUAAAUAUAUCAAUCAAUCCCAUUCCUAUCAAGGAAAGACAUUAAAUCUGAUAGCAACUAGAGUUUUGUAAAAUGCAAAAAUCAAAGAUUAUUUAAGUUCCUUUCAUGUCUUGUAAAAGCAUUUUUAAGUAGCGGGACAGCGGGUAUCAGCAGGCUGCUGACAGCAGCAUCUAGCUUUACUGACGUUUACUUUUCAAUUUUCCUUAAAGCGUGCUCUUUUUAUUUAUUUCAUUGGGUUACACUGACACUCAAACAUAUUUAAUAUUGUAAAAAAUGAAUUUAAGUAUUCAUCUCUUACUUUCGAAUUCAAUAUAAUUAUUUAACGAAACCACCUAACAAAGAUAGCUUUGUUUUUAUAUAUUUUAAAUGAAACAAUUAACAUUUAAAUUCGCCCACGUUGAGAUCUCGUUGUUGUUACUAUUAUAAAUGUUUUGUGGGUCGGUAUUCCUAUAAUCAGCACGGUAUUUAGUCUUGAAGACUUAAACAGAAGUAAAAACCUCCUGUUUGAUCCAUGAUUAAAAUGUUAUCAACUCUGAUAAAUCUAAGAUUAUUUUGUCAUGACCACUGAUUGACACAAAAUCUUGAAAUAAAUCUCUUUGAAAUAUC